AUGGGACAAACUGUCGCUACGCCCCUGAGCCUCACUCUUGACCACUGGUCGGACGUAAAAGGCCGUGGCAACAAUGAAGGAGUCAUCAUCAAAAAGAAUAAAUGGACCACCCUCUGCGAGGCCAAAUGGCUGAGCCGCCGCCUUAUCGCGCGGCACGAGCCGCGCCAGCCGCGGGACCGGAAACAGGGACGCCGGCCAUCGGAGGGGCAGCAGCCCCUGAGAGGAUGGCAACUAGCAGGAACACAGGGGGGACCCCGGCUCCCUCACCCAUCGCCGGUCGCCUUCGGGUCCGCCGGGAUGACACCCCCCUGGAAUCCAAGGCCUUUCCCCUCAGAGAAGGGCCUGGCCGCCACCUCCACUUUUCCCCUCACGCGCCCAAAUUGGGAUUAUACCACCGAUGAAGGUAGGGGACACCUACGUCUCUAUCGCCAGUUGCUCUUAGCGGGUCUCCGUGCCGCUGCCAGGCGGCCCACUAAUUUGGCCCAGAUCGGGGGGCAACCCGUAACCUUCCUAGUUGAUACGGGGGCCCAACAUUCGGUCCUAACCCACACUGGAGGCCCCCUCAGUGACCGUUCCGCUUUGGUCCAGGGGGCCACCGGUAGUAGGAGAUACCGGUGGAGGACUGAAAGAAAAGUCCAAGGACCCACGGUCACGGGGCCUGGGGGAACCCCUUUGCAAGUCCUCGCCCUAAAUCUGGAAGAAGAAUACCGCCUUUUUGAGCCUGAGCCCCCGGAAGAACCACCGGGUGAGAUGCAGGACUGGCUAGACAGGUUUCCACAGGCAUGGGCAGAAACAGGAGGCUUGGGGCUCGCGCACGACCAGCCGCCCCUUGUCAUUUCAUUGAAGGCCUCCGCAACUCCAAUCUCAAUCAGACAGUACCCCAUGUCUCGGGAAGCGCAGGAGGGGAUUAAACCCCACAUCCGGCGGCUAAUAGACCAGGGAGUGCUCAAACCCUGCCGAUCUCCCUGGAAUACUCCCCUCUUACCCGUCAAGAAACCAGGUACGGGGGAAUUCAGACCGGUCCAGGACUUAAGGGAGGUCAAUAAGCGGGUGGAGGACAUACACCCCACAGUACCUAACCCCUACAACCUCCUCAGCACCCUCCCACCGACCCAUACUUGGGACCCAGAAAUCGGACUUUCAGGACAGCUGACCUGGACCCGGCUCCCCCAAGGGUUCAAGAAUAGCCCAACACUCUUUGAUGAGGCCCUCCAUGCAGAUCUAGCCGGAUUCCGGGUAGAACACCCAACCUUGACUCUGCUCCAGUACGUAGAUGACCUCCUCUUGGCCGCCAGGAGCCGGACCGAAUGCUUGGAAGGAACUCAGGCUCUGCUGACCAGGCUUGGGGAAAAGGGCUACAGGGCCUCGGCCAAAAAGGCCCAGAUAUGCCAGAACAAAGUUAUCUAUCUGGGCUACACCCUGGAGGGAGGGCGAAGAUGGCUGACCGAAGCCAGAAAAGAGGCGAUAGUCUCAAUCCCCCCUCCCAAGGGCCCUCGGCAGGCCUUACUGCUGGACACCGACCGAGUGACCUUCGGCCCCACAGUUUCCCUCAAUCCGGCCACCCUACUACCCCUGCCUACCUCCUCGGGGGAGCAUGAUUGCCUCCAGAUCCUGGCAGAAGCGCACGGCACCCGUCCAGACCUGACCGAUCAACCAUUGAAGGACUCAGACUAUGUCUGGUUCACGGACGGGAGCAGCUUCCUCGAGGAAGGGAUGAGAAGAGCAGGAGCAGCUGUCACCACUGAGUCUGAGGUGGUCUGGGCCUCGCCGUUGCCGGCUGGAACAUCGGCCCAGAAAGCGGAGCUGAUUGCACUCGCCCAGGCCCUCCGGAUGAUCGGGGACUCCGUCUGGGUUCGGCGACAUCAGACCAAAAAUUUGGAACCACGGUGGAAGGGACCAUACACCGUCCUGCUGACCACACCAACUGCUCUCAAGGUCGACGGGAUUGCUGCCUGGACCCCUCUCCCAACCCUGGGGUCAGGGUCCCCUCACCAGGUUAAAAGGCUCACUUGGCAAGUUAUAUCCCAAACCGGGGAGACCAUAUGGUCAACCACAGCCAACCAUGCCCCCCACACCUGGUGGCCACCCCUAACUCCCGAUAUUUGUCAGCUGAUAGCGGGCCUGGACGCUUGGGACAUUGCUCAUUUGAGUCACUCUGACUUCCCGGUUCGCACAGCCCGGUCAAUCAGGCCUGGGGGAGGACGGGGCCAUGUCCCACAGAGGGGACCGGGAUGUAUCAAUGCAAACACCCGUUGUUCCUUGUCCACUUAUGACUUUUAUGUCUGCCCCCGUGAUGGCCGCAACCGGAAGGAGGCCCAUAGAUGUGGGGGAUAUGAGGAAUUCUUCUGCAAACAAUGGGGAUGUGAGACCACCGGCGGGGCCUAUUGGAAGCCCAGCUCUAGUUGGGACUUGAUAACGGUGUCUAAAAAUUAUUCCAGCCCCAACAAAUGUACAGUCAGCACUGAGGGAACUGUCCCCUUACCAAUUGUUAUCUCUUUCACUGAAAAGGGCAAGGAGGAUAGAGGAUGGCAGUCCGGGCAUACUUGGGGACUCAGGUUUUAUAUGACAGGGUUUAACAAAGGCCUGACCUUCAAAAUUCAGCUCAAGGCAGAAACCACCCCCCUGUCAGUUGGCCCCAAUACAGUCCUCUCAGAUCAGAAACCCCCAUCCCAGACGGGACAGGGUAAGCAACUCCACACUCCCACUAUGUCACCCAAUAUGAAUGUUCCCAACAUAACUGCAGCCCCAACAACUGCGGCCCCCGCCAGGACCCGCCUAGGGACAGGGGAUCGACUCUUUGGUCUAUUGCAAGGAGCCUAUUCCACCCUAAAUGCCACCCAGCCUGACCGAACUCAGGAAUGUUGGCUAUGUUUACUCUCUCUCCCUCCCUACUAUGAAGGGGUAGCAAUACAGGGCCCGCAUUCCCAGCUGGACACCCCCCCAGCUCGAUGCCUGGGAGAGACCCAACAUAAGAUGACUCUGUCAGAAGUAUCUGGACAGGGACUAUGCCUGGGGAAUCCUCCCCCAUCCCAUCGUAACCUCUGUAAUACCACUAUGACCUCGGGAACCGGAUACUCCAUUGGUCCUAAUGGAACUUACUGGGCAUGCGACACGGGACUCACCCCCUGUGCAUCCUGGUCAGUACUACAAGGCAAUGAAUCCAGCUUUUGUGUAUUAAUUGAACUGUUUCCCAGGAUAACCUAUCAUGAGCCUGAGGACAUUUAUGCUCAAUUUGAGAUGAGACCUGCCCGAACCAAGAGGGAACCUAUGUCCCUGACCUUAGCCGUUAUGUUAGGAGGUCUCACUAUGGGGGGAAUUGCGGCUGGGAUAGGAACAGGAGCAACUGCCCUAGUUGAAACUCAAAACUUCCUGCAGCUCCAAGCCGCCAUGAACCAGGAUAUACAGGCUCUGGAGGAAUCUAUAAGUGCCUUAGAAAAGUCCCUAACCUCUCUCUCUGAGGUAGUACUCCAGAAUCGUAGGGGACUGGACAUCCUGUUUCUACAGGAGGGGGGACUAUGCGCCGCUCUGAAGGAAGAAUGUUGUUUCUAUGCUGAUCAUACAGGUUUGGUCAGAGAUAGCAUGGCGAAACUCAGAGAGCGGUUGAAGCAGAGACAGAGAUAUUUUGAAGAACAACAAGGAUGGUUCGAGGGAUGGUUCCACAGGUCCCCAUGGCUCACCACCCUCAUAUCGACCAUCAUGGGCCCCCUACUGAUUCUUGUGCUUAUUUUGAUGUUCGGCCCUUGCAUUUUAAACAGACUCAUCCAAUUUAUUAAGGAGAGAAUUUCGGUGGUUCAAACUCUGGUACUAACUCAACAAUAUCAACGACUCCAUCAGUCAGAGACUGAACCACCACCCCUGGCCCCUCACCUUUAUGCAUCCCAAUAA